UGGUGAACAAGUAAUAUUUAUUGAUGGUGUAGCUUACAACUCGAGAGGCUUUCGUGUUUGUGGUGCACCAAACCAAAGAGGUGGCUUUUGUGCACGUUUUGGACAGUGUCCUUUUCACAAGGACAAAGUCACAACUUUCAAAAUGAGUGAAGAAACCGUUUCGGAGUUUCCUCGACAACUCUUAACUGAGAGUUGCAAUCUUUUGCAAAACAAUGAAAGAAAAUUCAAGAAUGCUUGGAAACUGGAUGAACACCAUCGCUUUCUUGUAGCACUGAAAAAAUUCGGUCAUGGAAAUUGGAGACAAAUAGCAGACUAUGUUGAAACGAGAAGUGCUAGUCAGUGUCAGUCCCAUGCUCAAAAGUAUUACUUGAGGAAGAGGAAACUUGCAAGUAACGCCAACUUAAAACGGAGUAUAUUCGACUUGAUAGAUGAGGAUACUCUAUCAGUUGAGUUAGGAGAAGAAGAUACUUGGAAUAUUAUCCAAAAAUGCCCUUCAAAGGAAGCUCAAGGAUCUGUUCGCUCUCGUUCCAAAACCUUACAAAGGAUGUCCACCGAUUCUUCUGUAGAAAGUUAUCCUAUUAGAGAGUUGUCAACUGUUGAUUCAGAGCUUUCAACUUUGCUUACUUUUAAAUAAUCUUUUUUACUUUAUAUAGAAUUUUGAGCAAUAUGGUCGUACUUUUCUGAUGGAUGUUGGCUUGGAGUUGCCAAAUAGUCUAGCAAGUUUUUUUAUAAAAGCUGCUCAACUACUCGAUAUGAGUGUAGCAACUAAAGCAUAUACGCGUUCUGGUUUUGAAA